CACACCUCGAGAUCCAAGCACCUACCUACGCGUAUGUAUGACGCGUUCCUCGUUACUGAUUUUUGAGGCUUUCCAAGAUGGCUUCGAAUAAUCGAGAAUCGUCCUUGGAUACCAAGAGAACACGGAUCCAAGUUUACCUAACAGAAGAACGCCGGGUGAGCAAAUUUUGCCCAGGUCUGUCAAAACGAUAGAUCACAGCGUGGAUGAUCACUGAUGGCCGUGGACUGAGUUUCAAAGUCCUUUCAAGGAAAAUCGUAUGAGCUUGUGAAAAUCAGUAGCCAGGACGACACCUGAGCUUCCUUUAUUGGUAGACGGCUGUUGAACCCUACGGAAAUGCCAUCGAGACGGGAAGGCGUUGCCCAGGUUGGUUCUGGAAACGGGCAGAAGCGGAGGAACAGGCGAAAGGGCACGAGUUACAAUUACUUUAUCCACAAGGUGCUGAAGGAGAUUCAUCACGGCACCGGGAUCUCGAGGAAGGCGAUGGAGAUUAUGAACAGCUUCAUGGAGGACAUGUUCGGACGCAUAGCUACCGAAGCCUCUCGCCUGACGAAGUACAACGGAAAGCCGACGAUGACUUCGAGGGACAUUCAGACCGCAGCCAAGCUGCUCUUGCCCGGAGAUUUGGGAAAAUACGCCCUGAUGGAAGGUGCAAAAGCUGUCACCAAGUUCAACGUCUCGAAGAACGGAUGCGCCGCGUAGGGGAAUAUACAUGCGUUUGUUUCCGUUUUAUUAUUUUUCUAAUUUUUUGUCCGUCAUACGUGGAAAUGAUUACAUACUUGUGA